UCUUCCUGGACAGUUUAAGAGGAUCCUGAACCUGAUGGCCCUGACCCGCUGUCCCCUCCUCACCCCGCCGGGGCAGUCGGGGGGAGCUGGUGCCACAACCCCCACUGCCGAAUAUACACUAGAAAUACGAAAGAGGUGGCCGGGUUUAAUGGACUGGGCGAAACACUCAUGAAAUUGGACUUUAUCAAUGCUGUGAGGGACAUUCGACGCUUCCGGUACAUCUGUAAGCUUUUGGACCUUCUCAUUACCCAGAAGCUGUCAACCCUCUCUGGUGGUGCUCAGAAGAUGCUCUUUGGAAUGCUGGAGGAGGUGGCCCACGAAGUCACAAGAAGCCAGCAGAACGUCCACCUCCUCCACCACCUUCUGCAGGAGUUACGCAAGAGGCUGGAGGAUUACCUGUGGGGCAACAAGCUGGGGUCCACAAUACUCUGGGAACAACACUCUCGAAAGCUCAGGAAUAUUAACGCUAUUGCCACAACCAUACAGAUCAGAGAGGCAGGUGACGACAUCCACCCGACACUGCAGGAGGUGCCGGAGGAAUGCAUAAGAGAGAUCCUGAGGAGACUAGACAACCACAAUGAUAUCAGAAGUGCAGGUGAGGCAUACAGUGUGAUGGCCAAGGUGAGCAAGGAGAAGAGCAUAUGGAGGCAGCUGUGUCGCUUCCACUGGACCCCCGCACAGAUUGAAUACAUUAUACAGCUGCACCGGGAGCUUAGAGUGCAGAAGAACUGGCAGCAGGUGUAUGACAGAUUACGGAGAACCUACGGGCUGCGAGAAGAGUACCCAGAGAAGCUGUGUCUUUGUCGAAAUUGCAGCUGCAUGUUUUGGGAAUCCUACGGUCACCCCUGCAGGAACGACCAGGGAUACACUGCAGCCUCUGACGACGAGCAGCAGGAACAGCAGCAGCAGCAGGAGGAACAGCAGCAGCAGCAACAAGAACAGCAGCUGGAGGAAGUGAAGCCGCCAGAUAUAAUUUAUGUGACAAUUACGCCACAGCAGUUUCUUAAGUGAGUGUCUGGCUGAGGGAGGAGGAGGUGGACCAAUUCACGACAGGACAGGACUGGACAGGACAGAGCACUUCCAGACUGUUUGUACACUUUAUUAACAUUUCACAGUAUUUUUUCAAAGUACUUGGUCACGUUUUAAUACUCUGUACAUAAUUAUUAACAGACCUGUCACUCUUCACUUACUAACACUCACUCAAUAUAAUUUUUAAUACUCUUCACUUACUAACAUCUAUUAUUCUUCUCUAUAAACUCUCCACUAACUUACACCUGUCACUCUUUGCUACAAAUCUCUGCACUUACUAACAGACUAACGUGACUAACAUUUCUCAUGACUGAUAAUUUAAAGAUUUUCAGUCACAGCUGCCAAAAAAAUACCUGUAACUUGUGACUUUCCUUUACAGCUGUACACAACUUUUUAUGAACUUAUAAACAACUUUCCUUUUCAUAUUGUGUAAGAACAUGAAAGUAAUCUUGUCUUUAAAAUACCAACUUUUCAUUUCUUCUCCAGUAUUUUAACCUUUACUCAAAAUCUCAAGCUUUUUCUAUUCUACAUUAUAUUCUUCAACUUUUACUGAUAAAUUUACUAAAAUCCUUUACUUUCUUCUCUAAAUAUCUUAAAAUAUUGCUUUCCUUUACCACUUACAAAGUCCUCUCUCUCUCUCUCUCUCUCUCUCUCCCUUUAUUAAACAUUUGGAAUUUUUUGCUCAUUCUUCACUAUACCAAAUGUCCUGUGCACACAAAAAAAAACUUCCAGCACUUGACAAACUGACAAGAGGACUUAAACAAACACAGCCCUUAUAGUACUACUCAAUCUUUACUGCACCAAGGAUCCUUCCAUACACACACACACAUACACAAACAUAAAUAAAAAACAAACACCCCUUAUUUUCCAGCACUUGGGUAAAGAAUCUAAAAAACAAGUCCUUUCUUAUUCUCUCUCUCCCAGCAGUAGUCUUCCAGCACCACUACUACCACCACCACCACAGCACCACAGAACACCAUCAGAAGAACGCCUUGAUGAUUGGCAUAACACACCGCACCCACAGGGGAACAUAGCGCCCUGGGGAGGAGAACGUGCCGUCGGUGACCUCAGUGCCGCAGUCAUAGAGGCGGCUGUGUUCCCUGUGCAGCGCCUCCCUCAGUGCUGUGUUCUGCGUCACCACCACCACCUGUGUCUCCAAGUCGCGUUGCACUGAUCUCCAGCCUAGAGGAGGGAAAGAGGUGGUGAUGGUGUGUGAGAGGCUGUGGUUUGUGGCUUUUCAUUAAUCAGUUUGUUUUAAUCUCUCUCUCUCUCUCUCUCUCUCUCUCUCUCUCUCUCUCUCUCUCUCUCUCUCUCUCUCUCUCUCUCUCUCUCUCUCUCUCUCUCUCUCCACAGACCCACAGUAUAUUUAUGAACCACAGUCAUCCACCACAGCCUCUCAACUCACUCUCUUUCUUCACUUUAUCACUAUGCUGUCUUCCACUUACCAUCACCACCACUACAGCACUAUUUAGUAUCAUUCUUUGUUCUCUUAUAACUAAAACCUCACUGGCAUUCUUCUAACUAACACUUUCUAUUUACACUACCACAACAAAUCGUCUUUCUUCUAACUUUUCUUCUCUCGUAUUGGUAUCACUCUAUUUAAGCUUUUUGUAACUAACACCACUCUCCUAAGGCUUUUUUAACUAAUACCACUAUCCUCUAAGGCUUUUCUAACUGACAACACUCUCUUCUCUAACAUUUUCCACCUCCUACACCUCUACAGACUCUUCCUAAUGUUACAAUCAUUCUGUCACUUCACUGCCAGCACCACCAGGCACUCACCAAAGUUCGGGGAGCCCACCAUGGUGAGUGCCGGCCAGGUGUGCCCCGGCCUGGCGUACCACAGACCCUUGGCGUGGAAGGUCCAUCCCUUCCUCCGGUACUCGUGCAAGCUUAUCCGGUGCUCCUGGCUGCCACUCGUCACCCGCCUGAAGAACAGUUUGGCCAGCUGGGUGUAGGCGGCUGGGAUGGCCCCCGCAAAUCCCCUGGCACCCAGGAACCCAUUGGCCUGUCAGGGGGGAAGGUGUUGGGUGAUUAGAUAAAUGGGAAUCUAGUGUUGAUUUUGUAACCUUAACUAUGAAAUCUAUAAGGAGUGUGUUAAUCUUCAGGACUAAUUUAGGAUAAUCUGCUAUGACUACAUAGGUUAUUUUUCAUCCAUCUAUAGAAGUCUGUAAAGGAUAUGGGUUCAAAAUAUCCUAUCCUAUCUUACUGAACCUGACCACAAUCCUAGAAUAUUUGAAUGGCAAGAAUCUUAGAACGUUCAAAGGACAAGUUACAAAAAUCCUACACAAUAAAAUGAACACCUUACCAA